AUGCAACUGCGUGAACUGCCUAGUGGGGGACAACUUAGUAUUCAAGGAAAUGUAGUUAAUGUACCUGCAGAUGUUAAUUCUACUGUCAGCGUUUUACCAAGACCAAUUAACGAGUCACAAACUAUCCCUAUAAAACUAAAACGACGCCUCGGUUACAAACACCAUUAUCAAUUUCAGAAUGUUAGGCCUUCGAAAGUUUUAGAAGCGGCUCAAUACUUGGUUCGUACCAGUGAAAUAUUCCAGAACGAAGGAAUAGAAGUAAUGGAUAAUUAUGCAUCAAAUCUAGUGAAUAUAAAUGAGGAAGAGUGGUCAAAAUUUAUUGCUACGAACACCAAGGUUACCAAGGAAACUUCAGAUAAUUUAUCGGACAAUUUUAAUUCUCAAAAUAAAAAAAUAGUAGAGACACAAACAAGUAACGACACCAUUGACAAUGACACAGAUGAUGAGUGGUGUGAAGCAACUGAACGAUCAUCUGGUGUUAUGGAUACAUUACUACAAGAACCUGACAUUACUCAAUAUGGUGAUAAAAUAAUCAGUUUUGCACCAGGAGAAGGAAAUAGACCGCUUGGAUUAUUUACUGACAAAGAUUCUGAAUUCCUGUCUUUCCCUACCAUUUAUUGUGGCAAACGUCAAGCUGAUAACAGUGAAAGACUCGUGCCCGUUCAUUAUAGCACAUUGUGUAAGUGGGAAUUACGAAGCAAAGAUAGAAGAGUUGCACAAUCUGUUCCAAACAUUUUUUAUAAACUGAAAAAGCUACAAAUCAGGCAAAUUCAAGGAAGUGCCAGUUUAUCAUUGCGUAAGUGUAAAACAAAAGGUAAAACAUAUACAGCUGGUGAUUUAAAGUCAGAAAGUUCUGUCAAUAAGCUGAUAAAUUUAGAUGAAGGAUUCAGAGUUCUAAGAAAUUUACGUGGCUCCCCUCCAUACUUUGAAAGAUGUAAGAAGGAUUUAUUUGCAAUGAUUCGACAGCUUGGUAAACCUACAUGGUUCUGUUCAUUUUCAGCUGCUGAAACGCGUUGGAUUCAUUUAAUUAAAAUUCUUGGCCGUCUUAUUGACAAUAAAGACUACACUGAUGAUGAAGUAAAACAAAUGACAUGGCAGAAAAAAUCUGAACUGAUACAAAAAGACCCAGUCACUUGUGCCAGAAAUUUUGAACAAAUGGUGCAAUUAUUUAUCCAUAACUUUAUUAAAAGUUCAGGUCACCCAAUUGGAGAGGUUGUUGACUUUUUCUAUCGCGUUGAAUUCCAGCAAAGAGGUUCCCCUCAUAUCCACGGAUUAUUCUGGAUAAAAAAUGCACCUGAGUAUGGUAAAGAUUCUGACGAGGAUAUUGCUAAGUUUGUUGAUAGAUAUGUUUCAUGCAAAGCAGACUCAGAUGAUUUAACUGAACUCGUAAAUUUACAGAGGCAUAAACACUCCAAAACGUGCAAGAAAAGAGGUCAUGAUGUUUGCAGAUUUAAUUUCCCAUUACCUCCGAUGCCAAGAACUAUAGUUUUAGAACCUUUAUCCGAGACUGACGUAGACGAAAAUGUUGCGGAUAUAUUGAAGAAAGCUUUACAACGAAUAUGUUCCUUAUUAGACUCUAUCAAAGCAGAUGAAACCAUGACCUUUGUUGAAUUUCUUCAAAAGUUGGAUUUAUCAGAACAACAAUAUAUAAAGGCUAUUAGGCUUUCUCUCAAAAAUAGUACUUUGUUAUUGAAACGAUCGCCUGCUGAGAUAAGAAUCAACUGCUACAAUCCAAACUUACUCAGAGCUUGGAAAGCUAACAUGGAUAUUCAGUUUGUAUUAGAUCCUUAUGCUUGUGCUGUUUAUAUUCUUUCAUAUAUUACUAAAGGUCAGAGAGGAAUGAGUAAGUUACUUCGUAAGGCGUGUGAAGAAGCAAAGGAAGGCAAUAAGAAUAUUGUUAACAAGGUGAGACAUAUUGGUAACAAAUUUCUCAAUGCUGUUGAAAUAAGUGCGCAAGAAGCUGUCUACUUAGUUCUGCAGAUGCCUUUGAGAAGAUCAUCUCGAGAAUUUCAGUUCAUCAAUACAUCUCAUCCAGAUGAAAGAACAUUCCUAUUAAAAAGCAUGGAUAAAAUUAAAGAACUUCGCGAUAAUUCACCUGAUAUCGAGUCAGACAACGUUAUUAAAAGGUAUCAGCGACGACCAAAGCAAUUGGAAAACGUAUGUCUAGCAGAUUUUGUUGCAUGGUACAACUGCAAAAGUAACAAUAAAGAGCAAGAAUCAACAGCUUCAACAAAUGAUUAUCUGCCAGAAAAUAAUUUGAAUGAUAAUGCAGAUGAUGAUCUUUCUGACGUCGAACAAAUAUCCAACAAUGAAGAAUAUGAAAUGAAAGGAGGAAUGACGCUGGUGAAAAGACAAAAACCAAGGAUAUUAUGCUCAGUUAGAUUUAAUAAAAACAAAGAUCCUGAAAAUUACUGUAGAGAACAAAUUAUGCUUUACACUGCUUGGAGAAAUGAAACGACAGAUCUUCUGAAGGACUUCCAAACUUACCAAGAUCGGUUUGAAGUUGUCAAAGAUGUGAUCGAGCAAAACAAAAAACAAUACGAGAAUCAUACCGAAGCUCUUGAUCAGGCAAUACAAGAUAUUGAAAGUGACGAAUUUCCUAACGUAGUUGCUCCCAAUGCUCAAUAUCGAGAUGAACAAGACAAAGAUAUUGGACCAAAAGCGACUGAAUUAUUUGGAUGUUUCGAUCCAGGAAAAGAUAAACAACAUGUUGAAUACGACUUGAUAAAUGAUAUUGGCAUAUAUCCAAGAACAAACGAUGAUGAAGAACUUGUUGUGAAGAGAUUGAAAGAUGCUGAUUUUAGAAAACUUGUGCAGUCUCUUAAUGUUGAACAAAAAGAGUUUUUUUACCAUGUACUGAACUCUAUUAAAACUGAUAAGUUGCCAUUAAGACUGUUUUUAACUGGAGGUGCCGGUGUAGGUAAAAGUACUGUCACUAAUGCUUUGUAUGAAGCUCUUACAAGAUACCUAAAUUCUCAGCCAGAAAAUGAUCCUGAUGAUGUCAGUGUGGUAAAAGUAGCUCCAACAGGCAAAGCUGCAUUUAACAUAAGAGGAAAUACACUUCAUCCAGCAUUUAAGAUUCCUGCAAACAGAGGUUUUAAUUAUUGUACACUAGAUAGAGACAGAUUGAAUACAAUAAGAUCUAAACUACAUAAAAUGAAAGUUGUGUUUAUUGAUGAGAUAUCAAUGGUAGGCAGUGGAAUGUUUAAUUUUCUUGACUUGCGAUUGCAACAAAUUAUGGGAACAAAGGAACCUUUUGGCGGCCUUAGCAUAAUAACUGUUGGUGACUUGUUUCAACUUAAACCCGUCUUUGAUCAUUGGAUAUUUGAGAAUUCAAAAGAUGGCUAUACUGCGUUAGCAACAAAUCUCUGGCAACAGUAUUUUCAAAUGUUUGAAUUAUCAGAAGCAAUGAGACAAAGAGAAGACAAAGUUUUUGCUGAAAUUUUAAAUCGCAUCAGAGAAGGAAAACACACUGAAACUGACAUUGUAGUUCUGAAAGAAAGAAUUCUGAAGCUUAGUCCCCAACAUCCUGAUUACCCAAUAACUUCAACCCAUUUAUUUAGUACAAAUAUGGCAGUUGAUCAACACAAUCACGACAUUUUUCAUAAAUCUACAAACGAGAAGGUUGACAUAAAAGCAAUUGAUAUUGUACUUGGAGAUUUAUCUGAUGAAUUAAAAGAAAGGCUUAAGAAGCAAAUACCAAACGAUCCUUCUAAAACCAUGGGCUUGUACUCAGUUUGUUCUAUACUAAAAGCUGCAAAAUAUGACCUUACGACCAACGUCUCGGUUGUUGAUGGUAUGACUAAUGGAGCUGAGUGUAUAAUUAAGAAAAUUGAUUACCGAAUACCAGGUUCAUCAAGACCAAGCAUUAUUUGGGUUUUAUUUCAAGAAGAACACAUUGGAAAAGAUUAUCGCAAACAAUACGCUCAUCUUUACAACCAAAGUAUAGAAAGACGAUGGGUUCCAAUUUUAGAGAUAACCAGACAGUUCAGAAAACACCAAAUGCAAGUUCUCCGAAGGCAAUUCCCUUUAAGACCAUCGGCAGCCAAAACUAUUCACCGUUGUCAAGGUGAUACAUUAAACGAAGCCGUCGUUGACCUUCCAUCAUCUAAACAAGAACACAUGCAUUAUGUUGCACUUAGCAGACUUAGAAGCAUUUCGGGACUACAUAUUCUAAACAUGAAUGAAAAUAAAAUAGCUGUGAGCAAAAAGGUACAAGAAGAAAUGACAAGACUAAGACGAAACUCUGUACUCAAAAGUCAUAUUCCAUUUCUCUAUAAAGAUACUAGUGAAACAUUUAAAGUAUUAUUCCGAAAUGUAAGAUCAUUACAUCUUCACGUUGCUGACGUUGCGAGUGAUUACAAUGUAAAAGCAGCGGAUAUUAAUAUGUUUGUAGAAACUGCUCUGUGUAGUAAUGACGAUAAUGAAUUGUAUCAGAUUCCAGGCUUUCAACUAUUCAGAAAUGACUUCAUUUCAGAUGGUACUAGAACACCUUACGGAACUGCAAUCUACGUAAAAAAUCAUGAACAACUUAUUUCGAAACCUUUAAGAUGCAACCAUAAUGAUGUAGAAAUAACAUUACUGAAAAUACACCAACCAGUUCAUAAUUUACAUGUUGUAGCAAUUUAUCGCUCUAAAUCAAAGGUCAAAAUUUCAACGUUCAUAAAUGCCUUAAAACAUUUUCACUCUAGUUAUAUAAAUAAUCCAAAUACACCUGUUAUCAUUCUUGGUGAUUUUAAUGUUAACCUUCUUGAAAAUGCAUCUGACAAAAAUACACUUUCUAAAUAUUUAAUCGAAGAAAAGCAAUACGUGCAACUUAUUAGCCAAGUGACAACUGACUAUAAAACGCAGAUCGAUCACAUAUAUACUAAUAUCCCCGAAAGAGUGAAAAGUAGUGGUGUUUUAGAAUCAUACUUUAGCGACCAUAAGCCUAUUUUUGUGUCACUUAUUUGA